UAUUUUGGGUAUUUCGACCCACGAUAGGCAUUUUUCUCCAACUUCAUCAACGCAGUGCCCAUCAGUGCCCCGUCGCUAGGAGAGGGUCUCCGGCACGUAAGCGAUCAUGGCAAAUAACAUGCAGCCGGGCGGAAGUGGACUCCGGCAAGUUGUGAACUUCGUCGAAGAAGCCUACGUUGACGACGGGACCUACAGCGAAUACACUGAUAUGAGUUGUGAAUACGCGCCAGCUUCGGGAACCGUCAUACAGACAUUAUCGCCUGUAAAGAUUGCUCAGGGGACCACGAGGCCGCUGAUACUCCGCGUUGUGAAGGAGGUUUCCGGAGCCGGCGAGAAGGAAGAGACACAGGAAGUAGUGCUGAAGCCCGUCAGCCAAGGUUUCGAGGGCACUUGCAGCCCGGAAAACGACGAGGAAGAAGUCGAAGAAGGUCUCAAUGAGGAGGACGCCCGAAAAGAGGCGUCGAAAAUCUCACAAGAACUUCUUAGCGGUCUUGUAGUUUACUAUGUCAGACCGAAUAGGGUACAGGAGAGCACGGAAGAGGAGAGCGAAGUGGUAAUCGGCGGGGAAAGCAUUGAGCCUGAACCGGUCUCAACCGCCGUCGGUGCCGAGAUCACCGAAGAAGACAAUGGGACCGACGAGAAAAAGACAAAAUAUGUAUGCCAUAUAUGCAAAUUGCAAUUCGACGCAGGAACGGAGCACCGGUACCACAUGCGAACUUUCCACAAUGCAACGGCAGCGAGACCGUGCCCUACCUGCUCGAAGCCGUUCUACAAUACGACGGAUUUGAGGAACCACGUCAUGGCUCACAGGGGCGUCAAGCCCUAUAGAUGUCACAUCUGCGGGCACGCAUUCACUGUCAAAUCAAAUCUGACAAACCACAUGCUCAGACAUGGACCUUUGGAUUUUGAAUGUCAGGUGUGCGGGAAGCGAUUGGCGCAACCUGCGAGCUUGAGGAAACACCUACGGUCACACGGUGGCAAUAAACCGUUCCCUUGCAAUCUAUGCGGGAAGCGUUUCCUUCAGAAAGGAGAUCUCACGCGACAUCAAUUGGUGCACAACGGCCAACGCGACUUCCAAUGUGACCUCUGCGAGAAGCAGUUUUCAUUGAAAGCUAAUCUUCAAACUCACAGGCGGAAAAUUCAUGGACACGACACACAAUGA